CCAUGGCGGGGAGGCUGUGUCUGCAGGCCGUGCUCUGCCACUUGUGGCUCUGCCUCAGCCGCACGGCCGAGCUGCGCUGCCACCUGAUGCCGCUUACCCAGCUGGGCCCCGGCCCCAGCCCCAGCCCCAGCCCCGGCCCGGCCUCGGACGUGCUGAAGUGCGAGGAGCUGGAAGUGUGCUACCACACGCUGCUGCGCGUGCGCACGGGCCCCGUGGUCACAGCGUUCCGCAGCAAGGGCUGCACCCUGCCGGGCCUGCAGACCUCGGGGAUGUCCUGGUACCGGCAGCCCCCCGAAGUGAGCAUCGCCCUCUACAACCACAUGUGCUCCGAGGAUCUGUGCAACGAUGACCAGAGCGCGGCCUCCCUCUGGAACGUGGCGGAUAACCCCAGAAGACUCAACCGCAGCGCCUUGGCGCCCGGGGACCUCCGGUGUCCGGCCUGCGCCGCCGUGGGAUCCUGUCCUGAAGACCCGCCCCUCACCCCCUGCCCCGAGGAGACCCGCUGCUACCGGGGCGUCCUCGAGCUCCUGACCGGCAACUCCUCCCUGCCCCUGGCCGUGUGGGGCUGCGGGUCCUGGGCCGACUGCAGCCUGCUGGACGGCUUCUGGACGCCUGGGCCCAUCGCCAUGAGGGAGACUUGUGACAAGAGCGACGCGCAGGACCUGUCCGGCCGCUGGACUGUGAGGGACGGUAGCCUAGUGUGUUGCUGCGUCAAAAGUUGGGAGCAGGAGCAGAGAAGGCGGGCGGUGAGACAGUUUAAGGCUGAGGAUCAGCAGAAGGAGAAGUUUGAGGAGAUGGAGAGGAAACCAAUAGCCUGGGGCUCGAUUGUCAUUGGCAUGAAUGACUUGGCCAGGCUGGGCUGGAGAAGACUGGAAGCAGAGCCCCAGAUGCCUCCAGGAAGUAAUGCCCUGGAGAUGGCGGUGGUGAGCGCACUGAGGCUCCGAAUGGAACUGCAGGGGAUUAUCAUAGCCACCAAAGGCUGCUUCCGUGACAGUGUGCAGGAGCCCACGGUUGUCAAGUACACGCAGCCCCCGGGUGUGGCAGCCACUUCGUACACACACUUCUGCUCCACUGAUUUCUGUAACAAUUACACAGACCCAAGACCGCUGACAGAGCCCCCGAAAGGGGCAGUCAGCCCCCACCAAGAGGGCCUCAUGUGUCCUACCUGUAUCUCUCUGGGGCCCUGCAUCCCUGGCUCACCUGUCAUGCACUGCCCCAAGCACACCCUCUCCUGUUAUAGCGGGACCAUCAUGAUCAAGGGAGGAGGCAUCUGGACCCCUGUGGAUGUGGAGGGCUGCAUGGGUGAGAUCAACUGCCGACUGCUGAACAGGACCCACACGAUCGGGCCCCUGGAGCUGAGAGAGCUGUGUGACAGGAGCAGCUUGUUUGACAACUUUAGGAUGGACCGUGGCAGCUGCAUCCUCCCUGCCCCUGUAUGGGCUCUGGGCCUGGGCUCCCUGCUGAUCCUGUAG